UGGUGAGUCAAAAUUAUAAGACCAAGAACAAGAGAGAAAGAGGAGAGAGAGAGAGAGAGGGGGGGGAGAGAAAUGGGGCUUCUCUCAAACCGGGUGGAGAGAUCUGAGAUUAAUCCCGGAGACCACAUCUACACUUGGAGGGCCGUGUACACAUACUCCCACCACGGUAUCUACGUGGGAGGAAGCAAAGUUGUGCAUUUCACAAGAAAGAAAGAAACCUCAUCUUCCGAGCCUAACUCACUCAAGUCCAAUCUGAGCUCGGACUCUCCGUUGAGCUGCCCUACCUUCCCUGACUGUGGAUUCCAACAGCCCGACAGUGGUGUCGUACUCUCCUGCUUAGACUGCUUCCUUCAAAAUGGCUCCCUCUACUCAUUUGAGUACGGCGUCCCGCCGCCCGUCUUCCUAGCCAAGAUUCGGGGCGGCACGUGCACAACAGCUGAUUCUGAUCCGUCGGAAAUAGUAAUCAACAGAGCAAUGUAUCUCCUUCAGAACGGAUUUGGCAACUACGAUGUAUUUGAGAAUAACUGCGAGGACUUUGCAUUGUACUGCAAGACUGGUCUACUGCCGCUUGAUGAGCCUGGCAUAGGAAGGAGCGGUCAGGCGUCAUCGGCAAUCGGUGUACCGUUGGCGGCUCUUUUGUCUACGCCAUUCAAGCUUUUGGUGGCGGGCCCUGUCGGGAUGGCAACUGUGACCGCGGGAAUGUACUGUGCAGGGAGAUAUAUUACCGACAUUGGGGUUAGGAAGGAUGUCGUGAAGGUCGCAGUGGAGGAUUUGGCUUCGGUUCUUUGCUGGCGGGAGUCGCAAGAGGAGAAUGCAUCUGAAAAAGGUUGUGCUGAAGUCGGGACUCUGCAGCAUGCUGAAGAAGAAACACUAUGAUUAUGUCUUCAAUUUAACCAAGUUCGACGGCAAUAAGGCGAAAUAUGUAUGCUCUUCGUGCUUCGUGUAUUCGAACUUCACCGAUUGUUCAUUUCAAUUAAUUUGUGAUUUAUGGCAUUAAAGUAAUUUGAUGUGUAAAGGAGGUAAAGAAGUUGAAUGAGAUGGCCUUCAAAUUGAUACCAGAUGAAAUUUAAUACAAUAAGAAGGGGAUCUGUACAAAGCAUGCAAUUGUUAGCUUUAACCAGUUGUAUCUGAUUUAA